GAUAGGCAACGCCAACAAAAGCAGAGCACCAUCAUAAAUCACAAACCCAUUUCUCUCUCUACAACACUCGCCGCCGGUCAUUUCUCUCUCAUCGCCGGCCAUUUUAUCACUGUCGUCGUUUUUGGACUGAGAAUCUACAAGGGAGGCAAAGAUGAAGAAGCUCUUUUUCUUUAAGUCAUCUACUACAUCAAGUAAUGGAACGAGCAACCUAUCGCCGAAAGAUAAGCAAUCACAUUCAGAGAAUUCAUCAGGGGAUGGACCUCAAGGGAGCCGUAAACACAGAUCUAGAAAGGCUGCAUAUGAAGAUCAAAUUCAAAAUCAAAACGGUCCAUUUCUUAGAAAGAGUCGAUCAUAUUCUUCUGGUACUGUUCAUGAUAGUGGGCUGCUAAGAACUCAAAGUGACUCUCCUUGUAGCAGCAGUAGUAAUGUAUCUCAAAAACAUUGUGCUUCUCGUUCUUCACGUCGAGCUCUUACUCCUGAGAGGCCUUCAAGGGCAAAAUGGUUUGAAAAUUCUGCUGUUGAUGCUGCAGAGAGAAUAGAGAAAUUAAAUUUUGCCGGACUUGAUAAUAAUUCUUCAGAAAGCAUUUCCAAUUCUUCAACUAAUACAUCUAAUAAGGUUGUAGAUCGAUAUAUUGAUGGUGAACAACACCAAGAAAGGAGCUCUAUACAAAUCAAUUCCAACACAAGAAAUCAUGUUUGUCAAGCUAAUGGUGGUGGGAAAAGACCGCCGAGGUUCCAAUAUGCAGCACCAGAAUCACCUACUGAUGGUGGUUACAAUCAGAAACCAAGGUCACAUUCCUUUCGAGACCCAAAAAGAGAAUCUAAACUCUAUAUGUCUACUAGAGAUUGGGUUGAGAACGGAAUUGCACAUGGAUCCCCAAGAAAACUAGCAAAACAGGUCAUUGAAAGACUUUCUCAGGCUCGUGUUAUGCCAAGGGUUGACUCAAAUGAGUUUGAGCAUGAUAUUCCCAUCACACUCGAAGAUAUCUAUGGCCAGUCUCAAAAUAUUUUACCCAGAGAUGGACCCGUUAAAGAAGCUGCAAGUUUUGAAGAAAGAAACUACGGGCAUGAUGAUACAUGUACUCGGGUUUUGGAGUAUGAAGAAUCAGAUGAGACCGAUGAGAUUACAUUACUGAAGGCUGAAUUGGAAUGUAGAACAAGAAAAUUGGAAAAGGAGAAAAUUGAGAUGCAGGUAGCAUUGGAGAAGGAAUUAGAUAGGAGGUCAACUGAGUGGUCUUUAAAGCUUGAAAAAUACCAAAUGGAGGAGCAUAGGCUUCGGGAGAGAGUUAGAGAGCUUGCAGAGCAAAACGUGUCGCUUCAAAGGGAAGUCUCCAUGUUUGGUGAAAGGGAGUUGGAUAGCCAAAGCAGAGUUGUGCAUGCGGGUAAACAAGUCAAGGAUUUGACUGUAAAGAUGGAAGAAGUAGUCAAAGAGAAUCAAAAUCUACAUCAGAGCCUUUCAUCAUUACAAGAUAAAUACAGCGCGGCUGAAGGAGAACGAGAUUUGUUGAAAAGAAAUUAUUCAGAUAAAGAUAAAGAAUGCAAGGAGUUACAUAGAGCUGUGACAAAAUUUCUUAGAACUUGUAAUGAGCAAGGAAAGACAAUUGAAGGAUUGCAAGAAGGUUUUAGUAAAGACUUGAGGAAAUUUGACCAUAACCAGCAGUCAAAGUUGCAAACCGAGCUUUUGAGGUUAACUGGGGUUGAGCAAUCUUUGAGGAAGGAGCUAGAAUCAUAUAGGCUUGAAGUUGAUUCUCUUAGACACGAAAAUAUAAACUUGUUACACCGUUUAAAAGGAAGUGCAAAAGACGAUGGCUUUUCAACUUUCAAACUCGAUCAAGAACUAUGGAGCCGUAUCCAUUGCUUGCAAAAUCAAGGCAUGUGCUUGAUUAAUGAUAGUGUGCAACUCUGUUCAAAACUAUUUGAAAAUGUUAAAGAAAGAGCAUGCUAUUCAUCUUUGGAAACCAAGCAGGGUAAUGAAAGAUUACAUGAUGGUUUAAAUAGCCAAUUUAUUGUGGAUUCAGACAUGAAACUUCAAGGAUUUAAAACAGGAGCUGAAAGUUUAACACGAAGUUUGCAGACUGUAUCUGAUGUUCUACAUGAAAAGUCGUGUGCUGGAGCUCCAGAUAAAGAAUGUUUUGAGGAUGUUGCAAAGUCUGAUUUGAAGGCAGAAGCUUUGAUGACCAGGGUCCUAAGGGAGAAGCUGUAUUCGAAAGAGGUAGAUGUUGAGCGACUUGAGGCUGAGGUGGCCGCGGCUGUUAGAGGAAAUGACAUCCUGAGAUGUGAAGUGCAAAAUGCCAUGGAUAAUCUUUCUUGCAUUACUCACAAGAUGAAAGAUCUCGAAAUUCAGCAAAUCAAGAAAGAUGAGAGCAUUUAUCGUUUACAAAACGAACUACAAGAUUGCAAAAAGGAACUGGCAAUAGUUAAUGGGAUUUUACCAAAAGUGUCAGAAGAGCGUGACAUGAUGUGGGAGGAAGUGAAGAAAUACAGUGAGAAUAACAUGCUCUUGAGUUCUGAAGUUGGAAUGCUGAAGAAGAAGGUGGAGGAUCUGGAUGAAGCCGUAUUGACGAGAGACGGACAGAUCACAAUCCUGAAAGAUGCCAUCGGGAAGCCCUUUGAUCUUUUCUCGAGUCCAGUUACUAAUGAAGGAUUCUUGCUGCGAUAGUUGGGUUGGUGUUCAUACUUUUUUAACUUUUUGUGGUCUUUUUUUUUUUUUUAAUUCACUUGUGGGUAGUAAAGAGUUUGUGAUGAUAUUGAUUUCCUUUGUAAGUAAGGCGGUAAACGGUUGAUAGUUUGUGAACAAAUCUUUACAUAUACUUAAAGCUUGAUGAUAAUUGGGUUGAAACUUGGUUCAAGUUUUCUCAA